CGACGAAUCAGUUAGCCAUCGACCGCUGUCCGUGACAGGUGUGUGUUCUUGUAAUUGAGUAUUAGUGGCGCCCUUGAAUAUCGGAGAUCACUGCGAUUCGAGAGGUUGGUGUGUUGUGUUUGAUGCUGCGUAAACUUCGUCAGUAGUCAGUGGGUCCAUGCAACUCGACCGGGCGUAUAUGUAGUAGAGUGGUGAGAAGAAAACCAGUUCAGCUGUUCGCGCGCGCCGUCGAAGGAGUUUCACUUCCCCAAUAAUCGACUCAGUUGUGGAUUUCUGGUGUGUGACGUGUUGUUGGACAGUACUGUUUUUUGUACAGUCAGUUAUAUGGUGAGCCAAUUCUGUGUGACAUCAGUGGGAGGAUCAAACACGGAGCAAGAGUGAACGAACGAAGAUAGGUACAAUUGAUUCCAAAUCCAAUUUCGCCUCUGGUGAUUAAAAUUUCAGGGAGCUGAGCUUCAUCACCGUUUCCGGUGUUUCGUCCGGUUCCUCCUGCUGUUGGUGUAGCUUCUAAUCAAAAACUGGCUAUGCAUCUUCAACAUUGAAAUCAGUUUUGCGAGAGUGAUUCCAUUUUGCGCGCAUAUGUAAAUAGGUGCACAUUGUUCGGCUGUUCGUGUUCGGUAAUAGGUGCUGCCACAAGCCAAGUUUUCCUAAGAGUGCGAAAAUAUUUUUUCUGCAGUGUGAAUUUUCGGUUUCGAAGUCGCUUCCAGUGAUAAGAGGAAGGAAGAAGGAAUAGAAGAAAAAAUACAAAAGCAAAGCCAAGAAGAGAGUGAAUUGCUUGAAUAUUCAAAUUCAAUGCUUGCAUUUUUUCAUCUUUGCAACACCUGAUCAAAGAAAGUGAAAAUAACAGACGUCGAGCAUCCAUAGCAUCCUCACCCUCGCCCGGCAGCAGCAGUGAACGAAAGUGAAAACAACAUCAAUAGCAGCAGCAGAAUUCCAACCAUGAAUCGGCUCCGAGUGUUCAACUUUAUGCUGUUUGCAUUCUGCUUUUUAUGCACAAUCAGACAGUUAGAAAGUACCUGUGUGUUAGAUUCCGACUUUGGUUUCAUACUAAACUGUGCGUUCAAAAAAUCCGGCCUGUUUCGAGUGCGGAACCUCGGGGGCGUCAAAGCUCACUUCGGGUUAGGCUUCAGCGUCGGUGACGAUCUGGGCUUAGCCGAGUCGCUCGGCAACGUCGAGGCCAACAAACGGCGAGCGCUGAACGUCCGGACCGGUGCCGGUGUCAACAACAUUGGGGUGCUGCCUGCGUCUAAACAGCCGGCAUCCUUCGCUCCACCACUAAACUUCCAACAGAGUCGUCCAAAGGCGAUAACCGUUCAACCAAUGCUCAAACUGGCAUCACCGACCAGCAACUUCGUUGGGCCCCAGAGACCAACCACCGGAACACCCCUCUACGUCUCACCAGCCACGGCCUUAAUGACCAAAGCAACAUCCCUUCCCCUGGGCGUUCCCGCCUUCAAACCCCUCCCGAGAAAGAACCCCGAACCGGUGAGAUACGAUCCCACCAUGAUGCAGAAAAGUUUCUCCCUCAAAACUCCUCAAACUCCUGAUCUUUCCUUCCAGAACCAGCUCAUGAACCAAACCUCUUCCUUCCAUCGCCCAUCCCGAAUUACCGCUGCCGGUGCCCCCAAUCAGCACAUAGUGUACAAGGAUAACAACAUCCACGUCCAGAAGGUACCUGCCUUCCACGCAAUGCCCGAGUCCGUAUCCCGUAUCUCAACCGGACCAGUCAUUCAAGUCGACAAUAAACUGUCCGAACCCACGAUCAAGAACUCCAUCAUGACGGUCCCAUCGCGCAGCGACGUCACCAAAGGAACGACCGUCGUCGAUGGAGUUGACCUGAUGGGCCAUACCGUCGAAGAACUGGCUGCUGCAGCGAAUGUUAGCGUCGAAGUCAUCAAGGAGGCCAUCCGAGUACGUAAACAGGAACUCCUAGCCCAACAGCAGUACCAGAAACAGCAGUCCGCAAUCGUCCAGGCUCAGAUCAUCGCUGCACAGCACGCCAAAUCAACUACCACUACCACGACAACCACCACGACUACACCACGUCCACGACGGUAUCCGACGCAUAAUGGGCACAAGGUUAUGAACGCACCCAAAGAGUACUAUCCGGUCGGGUACGAUAAGAACUUUGACGACAACUUCACCUCCAAAGUCGAUCUGCCGUACACGACGUUCAACUGUGGCGAGCAGAAGCACUUCCCCGGACUGUACGGCGACGAAGACUUGGGUUGUAUGGUCUUCCACGUGUGUGCCCUUACUGAUGACGGGUUGAUCAUGAAGUCGUUCCUCUGCCCGGAGAGCACCCUGUUCGACCAGACGAUCCUCAAGUGCAACUGGUGGUUCUACGUCGACUGCAAGAACAGCAAGGGCCUGUACGACUCCAACUUACCGGUGUCGAAAAGCUACCAACUGAUGAAGGCCCUGUCGUUCUUCUCGACCAACUACAAGAAUCCCCAGAACGUGGACGGAGUCGAUGUGGAAGCGUUGAAGAACAGCGUCUCAGCUACCGCUGACCAAAACAGCACAACGCCGCUGACGGGUCGAUCAUCGAAAGCUUCCGCCUCUUCCGGGGUGGAAAUCAGUAGCAAAUCUUCCUCGACGAUACAGUCCACGGCCACGACCAAGGCGUAGGCUGGCUCAUGGAUAUGCCACUUACCUAUAGGUUAUGUUAUACAAAAGUAGGAAGAUUGAAUUGUUUUCUGUUUUCCCUUUUCGGUGGGGUACUCGAGAUAAGGAAAGCUAACACUUCUGGGCUGGAACUGAUGAGAAUAAUGGUGAGGAAGGUUGAAUAUUCCCUUAGGAAAGUUAUUUAUUAUAAUUUCUUCGCAAAAAAAACUUUCGCUCACCGUUUCUCUCCCUCGCCAACAAAGCCAACGAGUUACAUUCUGUUUCGUGUUCCUUAAAAUGUGUACUUCAUUUUAGAAAUAAGAAUGCGGGAAGGGGGCUGAACGAAGGAAGUCAUAUCUUUAAAAAGAAUAAGAAAAAUAGUUGCUAAAUCUAAUUUUACUGAGCAAAGGGAAACGGGAACAGUGUGAGCCCGCAGCAGCAAUAAAGGGAAAACAUUUUCAUCUUUUCCCCCACUGCGGACAGUUGGCAAUGAGGAAUGUGCUGGCCGCGUAGACUCGCUUGUUGCUACUGUUUCUCUUUGCGAAUGAUUUUGCUCAACCUAGGUGCGUAUGCAGAAGGAAGAUUCAAACAACUACAGCAGCAGCAACAACAACGUUGAUAACGUCCGUUUCGAGGGAUUUCAAGCCUGGUCUGAAGGCUUAUAGUGUCUGUUUGUGCACUGAAAACGAACCUUCGUCAGAGAGUGAGUCACUUUUACUCAUCCGGAUGGAGAAAUUUCAAAAAAGCAUGGGUUACUCAUGCGCUGAGUGACCUACGUUUUUUCGAAAUAUCUUCAUACGAAUGAGUAAAAGUGACUCACAACGGAGUAAAAGUGACUCACUCUCUCAGUUAGUUUCGUUUUUAGUGCAGAAAGAUGAAACAUAAUCUCCUGGGAGGUAUACUUUCCGCGUAGCGCGGUGGUAUCAAAGUGGGAUAUUUACUGGCAGGCUUUUCACUGCUAUAUAAGAGGAUUUAGGGUAACUAUACCACUUUUGGUCGCCUCGAUAGCGUAGUCAGUUUCAUUUCGCAUUUUUCGCAAACAUGCCUAACAUGUAAAAAUGGUAUAAUUGUUUUCUAAUGUAAUCUGGGAGCCUCUUGAAAUUUCCCUCGAAACGAAAUUAUCGAACAUUACAACCUAGUACUAAAAGAGAUUAUUACAAACUAAUUAGUAGCAUUGCCGCGGGUCUUUUAUCUUCUCAGUUUCAAUGGAACCAAAUCGGCAGCAAAGCAAAAAUUAUCAAAUAACUCCCAAGUGAAUUAUUGUCAGUGCAAGACAGAGAACGAAACUAACAAGUUGUGUCAAAUUUACACACAUCAAACUGCCAAAAUAAUUCUUACGAAUACUUAAAUUCAUUUGUGUACUUGUUAUAGAUUGGUUUAAGCAUAUUUAUUACCUAUUUUAUUAGCGACUUGUAGAAGAGAAACACAAAUGGCGAAACACUACACUAAACCACAAGAGGGUAGGGUUUCGCGCUCGAAAGACUUUUCUAUACUAUAUUUACAAACGGUUGAUAAUACUUUACGGAUUGUACGCAAUUUGUUGACGUAUUUACUUCCUGAUAUGGGUAUAUGUUAUUAGGUUCGUUCCGAUAUAGCGUCUAUUUUUAAUUGAUAGGAAAUACAAAUGAAAAUCUCUCGGGUAUAUGGAAGCUGGUUUAGUUCAGCCACUUAUUUGUUUUAAGGGAGUUAGUCGGUGAAUUUGUCAAAAGUUAUGGUAGAUACGGAGAAGCCCUGUUUAGCGAUGUACUCUGAUAGUGAAAUCGUAAGCACACCUAAAAUUUGCUCAUUGUUUUUUUUUUCUUAGAACCAUGCAUAAGCAAAUCAAAAUCUGUUAGCAACGUUGCAUUUUAUUGCUCUCACAAAUA